ACUUGCUCUGGCCCAAAAAGGUGGGGCCUAGGAGUUUUUACUGGGACUUACAGGAGGCUAUGGACGGGUAGAGUGAUUCAUCUGUUGGUCCUUUGGUGGUUUUGUUAUCUCUGGAUGGAGUCGGAUCUGGCUGCUGGAGUCUGUCAUGUAUCCUGUCUUUAAUUUUGGUGUCAGCUGUUGAUGGAUGUUACAGUCUUUAUGUCUGAAAGCAAGAACUUAGAAAAUACAAGGUCCCUCAUCUGCGAUGAAGUCAAGAAAGGACUGACUGGAAGAAAAAGGGAGGAGGAGAAAGAAUGUCUGAAGCACCUGGGAGUUCUAGAUGGACCGUGCCAGUUAAAAUACUGGGUCAUCGGAAAGUCAUACUGAGGGCCCGAUAGCUAAGGCCAGACACUGAAUUAACCCUUUUUCAUUCCAAAGGCACUUGGGGAACAUUUAGCCUUUCACUUAGAGCCUUCAAGGGUCUUUACCCAGCCCUGCUGAGAGAGCAGGAAAACCAGUCCCCUCUCUCUACUCUCCCUGUGCUUCUAGGGCAGUGUUACUUGGAUCUAUUUUUGCCGUUGGGGUUUUAAAUACAAUUUCUUUUGUGAGAAAGUAAUAUUGGUACAGGUUUGGGGCUACAGGUUACAGGAAAAGUUUACUCGUCUACUUGUUCUGUUUGGCUUUAUUUUCGUUAGGGGCAGCGGUGCGAUCAGACUAAUGUAGUUGGAAUCAUUCUGAAAAGGGCCAGAUGGAAGGUGGGAAGACCCCAGAUCGGCUUUGCCCUCUGUGAGAGUGAAGCAGCAUGGAUGCAGUCAGCCAAGUCCCCAUGGAAGUUGUGCUUCCCAAGCACAUCCUGGAUAUCUGGGUCAUCGUCCUCAUCAUCCUGGCCACCAUCGUCAUCAUGACCUCCUUGUUGCUAUGUCCGGCCACUGCAGUCAUCAUCUAUCGUAUGCGGACACACCCGGUCCUCAAUGGAGCUGUCUGAGAAGCUCCUAGGAGGGAUGAGGACACCAGUCCCCUCCCCAGCCUCUUCGCCGUUCUCAGAAAAGUGGCAGGAGGGACCUUGGAACUUGGACCUGAGUUCUACUCUCAAUUCUGCCAUUGGCCAGCUAUGCAAAUUUGGUCAAGGAACCAAACGCUUCUCUUUCAAGUGGGGAUCAUGAUUCCUGUCCUUCCUACCUCAUAGGUUGUGAGAACCAAAUGACAUGUGGAGGGGGAAGCUGACUGUGAGCAGUAAAGCCACCCUAGACAUGCAGGUGUCAUGCUGAGUGCUGAGAGGCUUUGAAGAACCAAAGAACUUGGUUGUUGAUGCUGGCCUUAAGAGAGGUGAGGGAGACACUAGUGGGGCGAGCAGCCCUUGCCAGGCCCCUCAGGUCAAACCAAGCAGAGGGUACUCCAUUCUCAUUCCGAGAAACCAGUGGCAUAUGGGUUCAAAGUGAUUUUCUUCGAGAUGCCAGUUGCUCAAGUUUUCUCAUUCAGGGGAGGACUGAGUAUGGCAAGGGGAGGGAGGUGAGUAGAACUUUCCAGAACCUUCUCUGUGCCAGAAUCUCUACCCCUGUGCGACCUGGAGGAGGGCCCUGCCAUUUUUGGCAAUGACAAGGAAAUUGGGGUGAUGGGCUUUUUUUCCACACUGGAGCCUUAUGUCUCUAUAAGCUUUGAACUUCAACGUUGGGACAUACAAGGGGGCCAAGUUGCCUGUCCAGCCUUUGGGACUUCAGGAUCAGGAGCCCCCGCCUGCUGUGUGCCCCAUGCUUUUGGAGCAGCCCUUCUGCCCGACCUCUGUGUAAUUAGUGCCAUGUGUACUCCCCUCACUGCCUCUCAGCACUGCAACCAGUCCCAGGGACUUGUAUCGUAAGAGAGAUCCCCAGAUUUAUAUUUAUAAAGAGGUGUCUCUGGACCACUCGAGCUCUUUGACGUCACAACCAGGAGCAUCCUGGGAUUUACUAACUUAUGUAAGAAGACAACACAGUACCAGGAUGUUAUGUAAAAAUGAGGCUUUCACUUUGAUCUGAUUCCAUUGACGUACACAACCAGUUUCCAAUAAAGUGCUUGACUGAGCA